CUGGACCCUGGACUAUCACAGGGAGCUGCUGCUGGACCCUGGACUAUCACAGGGAGCUGCUGGACCCUGGACUAUCACAGGGAGGCUGCUGGACCCUGGACUAUCACAGGGAGCUGCUGGACCCUGGACUAUCACAGGGAGGCUGCUGGACCCUGGACUAUCACAGGGAGUUCCCAGCGACUGUGGGCUCCGGACGAUUGUGUGACUGGGGAAUUGAAAGGCAGGCGGCAGGCCUUUUUCCCUGAGGGUGUGCAGACAUGUGGUGGUUCCAGCAGGGAAUGAGCUUCUUUCCAGCUGCUCUGGUCGUCUGGUCAGCGACUGCCUUCAUCUUCUCCUUCAUUACAGCUGCCCUGCUCCGGCACGUCGACCCCUUGGUGCCUUACAUCAGUGACACUGGCACAACUCCACCUGAGCGAUGUGUGUUUGGGAUCAUGUUGAGUAUCUCUGCCUUCCUGGGUUUGGUGACAAUGUAUGUACGAUACAAACAGGUAGAGGCUUUAACCCAGGAGGAGGAACGCAUCAUCGUUCGACUGAAUAGGAUAGGCCUUUCACUGGGCCUCAUCAGCUGCCUGGGGCUCUGCAUCGUAGCAAACUUCCAGAAGACAACAUUAAUUCAUGUCCAUAUUCUUGGUGCUGUGCUGACAUUUGGAAUCGGGAUUAUUUACCUGUUGCUGCAGACUAUUAUUUCCUACAAGAUGCAGCCACUCAUCCACGGAAUCAAAAUCUUCUGGAUUCGGUGUGCCCUAUUAACCUGGUGUACAGCGAGCAGCAUCAGCAUGUUUAUUUCCUCUGUCACACUCUACUCGAUGAUCCCAACCACUGAUAUGGCAAAGAAACUGCACUGGAACCCGGCAGAGAAGGGUUACAAAUUGCACCUGGUCAGUACAAUCUCCGAAUGGUCUCUUGCCUUCUCCUUCCUCAGCUUCUUCCUGACUUACAUCCGAGAUUUUCAGAAGAUCACCUUACACGCUGAAGUGGAUUUACACAGUGACACUCUGUACGACAGACUCCCGGGACACACACACGUUGGUGAGCACAGCCCGCUCCUUGCAGGAAGCCUGUGACCUAAAAGACUUUGGACACAGCCCUGACUGAGACCACAAACUAAUUCUUCAAAUCAGCCUCCAGUGCCCUGGCUCCUGCCUCUCAACAGCUGGCAUAUUUUAACUUGAAUUUUUUCUAAAACUAUUUGUAUGCCACAGGUGGACGGAUCCUUUGAAUGAAUCUUUACAUCUAUUUUUUUAAGAUAUUAAUUUGAGGCCAUUUACAGAUUAAUUAUAAACCAGAUGUAAUAAUUAUUAGACUUGCUAAUAUUUCUAACUUGGUGACACCUACUGAAGGUACCAGGCUGUCUCAACUAACAAGGCCACAGACCAUGAUGCUUUGCGGUAGAGAGCUCUGUUGGGUGAAACACAGUGGCCUCAGCAAUGCUGAUUGGCGAGAAUUAAGGAACAACAUCAAAGACCAAGGUAGAUUUAAGGAGACAAAUUCCGAGAUGUUUGGUAAAAAAAUCUGUAGGGAGCCUCUGCCUGAUUCCCCAUGGUGAUAGGUCUAUGGACUAGGUAUAUAGCCUCAGCUUCGAUAUGUCAGCAGCUGCUUCUGAGUAUGUGACCCUGAUUGACAGGGUAAAAGAGGAAUAACAUUUAAAAAAAACACCAGUCCCAAACUUAUCUCAAUUGGCUGCAGUCAAGCAGGCCCAGUCAGUAACCAGGGAGACACAUUCCAACAGCCAGGAUGAAUUCUAUCAGCCUGGAUAAUCUAAUAAUGAGGGUUUAAUGAUGCACACUGUGUAUUCAGAAUAAAUUUGUGAAUUAAGAUGAGCACAUAGCCCUUGGAUGUAACGUUUAAAUUCAGUCUACAAUAUGAAAUUCUCCUGUCUUGCUGACAUUAACUCACAAAUGCACUUGAUUACCUUUCUACCCACAGAAAAAUAGCACAAAAUUGCUUUUCCAGGUGGUAUAAAAUUAAUUGAUUCAGCAGGAGAAGGCUUGGGUGGUUUUUCUAGGACACGUGUUCUUGGGGAAGGAUCAGAGUAAAUAUAGGUGGGACAGUCUACAGGGAGCUUUACUCUGUAUCUAAGCCCAUGCUGACCCUCUCCUGGGAGUGUUUGUUGGCGACGGUGUUUGUUGGGGGAGCUUUACUCUGUGUCUGACCCCCCAUGCUGUCCUAGGAGUGUUUGUUGGGGACAUUCUUGAGAGAACUUUUACUUUCUGUUUUAAACUAUAAUAAAGCUGCCCAAAUCUUUUAAAGAGCAGGGAGAACUUUAAUUUGUUCUGUCCCUGCACAGGGAGUGUUUGAGGGGCACAGUGCAAAGGAAGCUUUAUUACCAGUUGGAAAGAGUAGAGAAAGCUUUCCUCUCUAUCUUUGAUCUCCCCCCAUAUGUUAUCUCACUGAGAUUACCUAUCUCACUGCUCUGUUUACUGGAAGUUGAGGUUAGCGUUUUAGCUGAUAAAGAUUAAUGAGCUGUUACUGGGAAACCAGUUUUUCUUGGGAAUUGUCCAAUGUUUAAAACAUGCAAAUUGUGACUUGCCUAUGUGCAGAGAACAAACUACAAACCGAGGUGUCUGACCUUAAUACAGAUUGAUGGUUAAUACACUGCUCAAGGUCGAGAUGGAUCAUGAACCUCUCCCUAAAUUUGUCACUUUCAACAAACUUUACCACAGUUUUGCAAACUUGCUCUCAGUCUCUGACAUUCAUUCUCAUUUGCAAUUUAUCUCUGAUGCACUCUUGUCUUGCUCAUUUGAUCGAUAGUUCUCUCAUAGUCUCUCUCUGUAUCUCACACCUGUUCAAUCUCACUCCCAAUCUCUCUCUUAUUAUCCAUGCUUUGCCUGUUUUACUCUUGAGAUCUCAAACCAAAUGAGCUGUAUUCUUCUCUUUUUAUACUUUAUCCUUUUACUUUUUCAAAAACAGGAGCUGCUGUGGAAUCAACUUGUGCAUGGUGAGUGAGAAGACAAACCAGAUAUCGAGAGUGAUAGAG